AUGGAUAUUGUGCUAGAGAUUUUUGACUAUUAUCUUUUAGAUAAGACGUAUUCGUCGUUGUUACCGAAGUCGUUGAAUACGACGAUUUCGGAUUCUAUCGGCAAAUUAGGUGUAAAUGAAUUAACUUCUUCGUUCUAUAAGAAUUAUAAUGAAAACCAUAAUAGCACGUUAGCAUCUGCGUCGGCCGCUUCGAACUUAAAUGUGCCAUUGAGAGCAUUAAUGAAUAAAUUACAAACUUUUCAGAAUACCGAUGAGGUGUACGGUGAAGUGCCAAAAUUGUUUCCACUUAACGAUUACACCAACGACUCGUUGCUUUUGAGAACGAAUAUGUUCAGACAAGCGUUUUCGAUUUUUAUAAUAACAGCUAUCUUUGGGUGGUUGUUAUAUUUCAGUGUGGCCUAUGUGUCGUAUCUCACAGUUUUUGACAAGAAGAUAUUUAAUCACCCAAGAUACUUGAAAAAUCAAAUUUGGUUGGAGAUACAUAGAGCUAGUACUGCGAUCCCGGUAAUGGUGUUGUUAACGGUUCCAUUCUUCUUAAUGGAAUUGCAAGGGUUUUCGAAAUUAUACAUGGAAGUAAACGCAUCUACUGGUGGCUGGAAAGCUAUAUUGUUACAAGUACCACUGUUCAUUUUGUUUACUGAUUGUGGAAUUUAUUUUAUUCACAGAUGGUUACAUUGGCCAUCUGUCUACAAAAUAUUGCAUAAACCUCACCAUAAAUGGAUUGUUUGCACUCCUUUUGCAUCCCACGCUUUCCACCCAGUUGAUGGCUGGGCCCAAUCGCUUCCAUACCACAUAUACCCUAUGAUUUUUCCAUUACAUAAGGUGUCUUACUUGCUCCUUUUCACCUUUGUUAACUUCUGGACAGUCAUGAUUCACGAUGGUCAAUACUUGUCAAAUGAUCCAAUAGUCAAUGGUACCGCUUGCCAUACUAUUCACCAUUUAUAUUUCAACUACAAUUAUGGUCAAUUUACCACCUUGUGGGAUAGACUAGGAAGAUCGUACAGGAGACCUGAUGACAACUUGUUUGUUAGGGAUAAUAAGAAGGAGGAAGAAGUCAAAGUGUGGAACGAACAAACACAAAAAAUGGAGGAAAUUAGAGGAAAAUUAGAAGGUAAAGGUGACGAUAGAGUAUAUCACUAA